GGAGGAGGAGGAGAGGAGGAGAGGAAAGAGGAGCUCAUUCUAAAACAGCUGUCCGGCAGACGCACCCAAGAAGCCGUGUCAACACAGAGAAGCAUUCACACACCAGGAGAGAACCACCAGACUACUGCUGCUACUGCAACACUGGGAUAGCACGUGUUUGGAGGGGGACUGACCGAUUGACCAGACCAGUUGCCACUUGAGGUCCUAUUUCAAGAUCAAUGUCCUUGUAGACGCCAUCACUUCUGGGGCUUUCAUUGAGAAUGUAACUCAACCUUAUCCCUGGAGGAAAGGUCAUAGCUGAUUCUACACUUCAUAUUGUCCUGUCCAUAGUAUCUGAUCUCUAUCCAAUACAACCAUGCCUGCAAAAGCUCCCAUCUACCUUAAACCAGCCCCCAACAAGAAAGGCAAGAAAUGCAGACUUCGGGAUAUACUGUCACCAGAUAUGAUUAGUCCUCCACUUGGGGAUUUCCGCCACACCAUCCAUAUUGGAAGAGGAGGAGAGCGGGACACUUUCGGAGACAUAUCUUUUCUCCAAGGGAACUACGAGCUGCUACCUGGGAAAGAAAUCCAAUAUGGCGUCCAGGGUGAAUACACAAGAGCAAACAGCACCGGCGACGCUUCAUAUGUCGAGACCCCAUCGCCAGUUCUGAAAAACGCCAUUUCUCUACCAACUAUCGGUGGUUGCCAAGCGCUUUCUCUACCAAUGAUAUCUUCGCAUGUGUAUUCGAUGCCGCCAGAGCCAUUGGAAGAUAUAUUGGGUCCACCGAUUAAGCCAGAUCACGUUGACGAAGUUGAGAUUCUGCAAAUGGAUGCGCUGUUGCGUUCUAUGGAAGUCUUCGGGAGCGAGCCUUCAUCGCCCAAUACAGAGAUGCUUUCCAAACCGGAUGUUUUGCUUGAUUUGUUGGAGAAAAAACACAAAUCUAAAUCUAAGGCUAAAUCGACCAAAUCAAGCAGAAGUGAUAAGCUGUCAUCCUUUGGCAGCUACAAGACAAGUGGAAGUCUAAACAGCGAUGCUAGCAGCGAUAGCUACGAGAGCAUUAAAGAUGAUUACAAACCCAAAAUCUACAACGAAAACGGGAAUUGCAACGGAUUUGGACCCUUUGGGAAUGACUUUACCUUCAAGGAGGAGCUUCCAAAGUGUAACAGAGAUUGGGUGGACCGGGACAGUGGGGUUGACGAGGGUCGCAUGUGUGAUUUUGAUUUCGAGUUUGCCAAAGAAAAAAGCUCCUCACAGGAGUCACUCAGUCAAAUUACGGGUUCACUCCUGUCUCUGGAACUGGAUUUGGGGCCCUCCAUUUUGGAUGACGUGUUAAAUAUUAUGGACAAGCCGACAGCAGUGAAGAGCAGGCCUUAAACUGCAAUUGGAUCUCGAGAGGAGAAAGGGAAAGUGCAAAAGAACAAGGACAGAAAGACUCAAGCAAUCAAAAUGGUGUCUGGAUUCAUCAUUGAGCUAUACACUGCAAAAAAAAAAAAUGUCUACAAAAGUUAAAUGGCUUGAUUUUGUUAAAUAUUUAUCUGAUUUUGUGUAUUUUGACAACUGUAGAUUAAACUAUUAGACCAAAGAUAUAUGACCAAUUGAAAGAUUUUGACCCAUCUGUUUUUUUGGGUUUUUUUUACUUUUUAUUAUAAUUAUGUAAAACUUAAAGUGAAAAAUUGAACUAAGAAUGUCUUUUAUUUUAUUAGAAUAGCCAAAAAAUAUAUUUCAAACCUUGUUAGAAAUAUAAAAUAAUAUAGGUAGAGUAAGUUAGUAAGUCAUUAAGUUAUCAAAACUACGCAAUUUAAGUUUAAUAUUACAAAUUCAAGUCUUUUUACCUUAUUGUCAUUGUACUUUUUUGCAGUGUAGCCAAAAGGGCAGAAAGACUCACAAAUCAAUCAAAAUGAUGUCUGGAUAUAUCAUUGAGCUAAAUGAGACUGCUUGGACUAUGUUAGCUUCUACAUGUGUUAGCCAUGCUAGCGGCUUAUUUAAACUAAAAUGCAUGUGCUUUUUGAGUUAAAGCUAAAACCACAGCCAUCGUGCCUUUGACUGACUGUAAAAAUGCUAGACUUGUUAUCGUGUUCACAGUAUAUACAAGGUAACUUAAAGGGCCUGUACCUGAUUUUUCCAUAUAUUUGAGCAAAAGUUGUCUUGCCCCAGUAAAGAUAUAUUGUAUAAAUAAUAAAGAGGUCAAAAUAGGUCUGCUGUAUACUGUCUGCAUAAUUAUAAAGCGUUUUCUAAUCAGAAAAUCAGGAAAUCACUGUUAGCAUGCUAGUUGUUAUUAGCGUUAGGCUGCUGGAGGUAAAACACCACUUUGGCCUCUGAAAGUUGUAAAAAGUGCUUUUAAACUUAUCACUGUAAAUAAUUAGGAUGCUCAAAAUGCAUAAAGUGGCGAGGAAUAACUUCAGACCAUGACAGACCGUCUAAAACCUGUAAAAAUCAGGUACAGCACCUUUAUAUUAGAGGUUGUUUUGCUUUUUUACACAAAGUUGAUUUUUCAUAGUGCAUUUUGUGACUUUAAGUGUGGUUUAUUAACUAAGCACUUUUUUGUUGGUCACAGCAGGAUUCAUUGCCACAUUUUAAAGAGCGUAACACUAUGCAUUCAUGUGUUGUGAAAACUGUAACACCAAAAUAAAAUUGUUUUGUUCA